GACUACACGCUAGGUUAAGCACUAAAUCGGGUAACUGUCCAGCGACAGCAGAUCAACACCUGCUCCUACACAUCAUCUGGAGCCGCAGAAAGACGGGAACUGCUUUAAUACAACAAACAUUUAGGGCAGUAAUCAAUCCAAGACGCAGGAUUUGGACCUAAAAUGUCAGCCCUGAAAGGCAAAAGGAAAGAAUACCUGACGGUGAAGGACCUGCAGAAGGUUCUGGACUCUUGCAAAAUGCAUCUCAGUCAGAUUGACGAAGUGUGGCCAAAGAUAUACAUAGGGAAUGUGGCAGUAGCCCAAAACAAGACUGCCUUGCUGAAAUUAGGUAUAACUCAUGUGUUAAACGCUGCUCACUCCAAGCGAGGCAGCAUAGGGAACCAAAGCUUUUAUGGCAACGACUUUGUGUAUUGUGGCAUUCCAGCAGAUGACUCGACACACUUUGAUCUGGACGUUUACUUCAAGCCUGCAGCUGAUUUCAUUCAUAAAGCUCUGAAGUCACCCGACGGGAAAGUUCUGGUGCACUGCAUUAUGGGAAUGAGCCGGUCAUCGACCUUGGUGUUAGCGUACCUCAUGAUCUACCAACACCUCCCGCUCAAACAGGCUUUGCAGAAACUGAUCCAGAAGAGGGCCAUCUACCCCAACAGGAAUUUCCUGGCUUUGCUGCUGGAUCUGGAUCUUCAGCUGACAAAAAAAAGAAAAACAUGUCAAAUCCUGUAGUCAAGAGGCGUUUACGCUUGAAGCCGUUGUAAUUUCUGGGAAUGAUGUCGGUCUGUCGGUCCAACAGCCCAGACUGAAACACUUCCACAGAUGUACUGUCAUGAAAUUUGGUUUAACUGAUGAUUUAAUUGUGCCAGACUCAGCUGUACACAGAUGAACACUCACAUAUCAGAAAAAGGAGAAGAACAGGAGGCUGCACACAUAACUCCACUCAUUUUAGCUUUUGAUUUUAUGUUAGCAUCUUAAAUAUUGAAAUGUUUACACAAAGACAUAUUUAUAAUCCUAAAUGUUAAGAGCAGGAGAAUAAGUGCACACACGUAAUUUUUACUGCGAUGGAUCAGCACACAUUUUUCAGGCCAUUCUAAACAUUAGCCAAGUUUAGGCUACACAUGCUAACACUGUUAUGAUUAGAAGAGAAACAGUAGAACAUGAACAUGCUAAUGUUAGCAUGCUGACAUGCUUUUGUAAGUGUUUGGUGCUAACAAAAUGUUAGCAUCCAGUAGGCUAGUUGUUGACAAAUGUGGAGGCAUCAUAGUAGUCGAGGAACAGGGAGGCAGCACAGCUCUUAAUUUCAUUUUAGCAUCCUAAAUAUUUAAAUGUUAAUAUAGAAAGAUAGUAAAAAUGCUAAAUGUUAAUAGCAGGAGAACAAUUCCACACGCUCAACUCUAUUUUAGCAUGAUGAAUUAGCAAAUGCUUCUUCAGGCUUUUCUAUACCUUUGUGAUGUUACAUAUGCUAACGCUAUCAAUAUUAAGUGAAAAAUAUAUUUUAAAAAAAUAACAUACUGAUGUUAGCAUGCUGACAUUUUAUUAUAAUUUUUUGGUGCUAACAGCAUGUUAGCAUCCAGUAUGUUAGUUGUUGAUAAGCUUAGAAGCAUAAUAGUAGAAGAGGCUGCACACAUAGCUCUGCUUAUUUCUGCUCUUUGUGUUACGUUAGCUUCUUUAAGACUGAAAUGUUAGCAUAAAGACAUUAAAUGUUAAUAGCAGGAGAACAAAUCUGCACAUUUUUAUCAUUGUUAUUUUUAGUACAUGUAAUCAGUACAUACUUCUUCAGGCCAUUCUGAACAUUAGCAAAGUUUAGGCUACACAUGCUAACACUGUCAAGAGUACAUUAGAAAGUUAACAUGCUAAUGUUAGCAUGCUGACAUGCUAUUGUACAUGUUUGGUGCUAACAACAUGUUAGCGUCCAGCAUCGCUGGUUGCUGACAAACAUGGAAGCAUAAUGGCAACAGACAUGCUAACACAGGUUAGCAUUUAAGUCAAAGCUAAGCUGAGCCUAAGAAAACACAACAGAUGCUAAACCUGAUGGGGAGCUGAGCCUGAUGAGCUCAGCCUAACAGGUGGCAGUACGACAUGCAGACUUAUUUACUGGUUAAGACAUUAUUGAGUCUGCAGCAGAGGAGGCUGCAGCUUCAGGACCUUUGUUUUUGGCGAGAGAGACCAGAACCUUUUAAAGCUUUAUUCCACCCAAAAUACUACUUCCUGUCCUGCAGUCUAACUGAGUUGCUUGUAAAUUGUGUAAUUAGCGAAAUAAGCUCGUUAUCAGUUAAACAACAACAGCAUCAUGGCCUUUGUGGUCCCAACAUCUCAACAGAUGUCUGAAAGCUCAGAGAGAGGCGGGACGCCGUGAUAACGCCGGGGCAACAAGCCGUCUUUGGCGAUCUGUCCCGCUGAAGGUAUCAGAACCGUUUCUGAUGUUAAACAAAUACGACUUGAUCCACAUUCAGGAAUCACGCCAUCGUAGCCAGAAACCUAGAAACCUGGACCUCGCCUCUCAGGUUAUCCAAUUCAGUAGGUGCUAAAAACAAGGGUCCCAGAAACGCUGUUGAACGUGGUCCUGAAGUCCGGCCUCCUCGACAUGAUAAAGAUCUAACAGUGGAUUCAAUGUGCAGCUUCGUUUCUUUGUUUGAAUCCUUCCUUACAGCUGCAGUAUUUCCUCCUGCUCAUCAUACAGACUGUCUUGUUUGUGCUUUUGAGGAAGUUAAAAAGAAAAGAACGUCUUAAAAAGACAGAAAAUGUUCUACCUUAAUGUAGCGUUGGGUGAAACGGAGACGAGACUGAACGUUCAUCACGCUCAGGUUUUAUGUCUUGAAUGAUGUCUUUAGCUCUCAUUCUGGGACGAUGGAUUUUCCUUCAGCACCUCACUUUGUAUUACAGCAGAAUGGACCAAAUGUCUGCAGGAACAUAUUUUACAAAGCAUCAUAUUUUAGAAUACGCUCUAGAUGACUCAGAAAAGAGGGAAUCAAUCCACGGCGUCUGUCCAACACAUCGCUGUUCACAGUGUGAAGUUCCUUUGGUGUGUUGGUCGAGCCGGUCCAGCUGAUCGCUGCUGUGCAUCAAACGCCUGCAGCUCUUUUGAUUGUCCAUGAAGAUCAUGUGCAGACGCAUUAGGAGUGUCAGACGCUCAAAGGAGGCGUCUUACAUACAGUAGAGCUGGACAGCAAUGAUUUCUAUGAACUGUUGUUGUUUUUGUGACACCUUAAAUCAAAAAUGCACAUUAAAGCUAAAUGUUCACUGUGACGGAGAAUCAGCAUCAAACUGAGGCUUGUUUCACUAGAUAUGAGUUUCCUCGUUGAAGAUUUUAUGUGGUUACAAAAAAAAGUGAUAAUAAAUUAAGAAUGUCUUGCAAAAAAAA